CCGCGUGCCCCGAGCCCCGCGGCGCUCCCCGGUGCGGACCCCCCAGCGGGGUGGGUGCCCCGAGCCCCGCGGCGCUCCCCGGUGCGGACCCCCCAGCGGGGUGGGUGCCCCGCGUCCAGAGCCCCGCCAGCAGGCGAGCGCUUCCCUGUGCCCGGGCUCCCGCGGCGGCAGCAUGGCCACGCAGAGUGCCCGGGAGGGCGGCUGCGAGCCCCCGGCCCGGCCGAAGCAGCCCGCCAAAUCUGAAGGGUAUAUAUCCAAACUUAAACAACUCGUGAAACAUGAAGCAGAGAAAAAUAAAUCUCAGUGGAAAACUAUUGGGCCAGCAAAAGUUGCCGUGCCAUCUCCAAAUGAUUUUCUGCAGAAACGUUCCAAGGAACCCAAGGUAGCACCAAAAAAAAAUGAAGAGGAUGGUAAAAAAUUGCUUCCAUUGUCAGUGCCACCCAGGACAUACCACCCAGUUACUCACGUUAAAAAGAAUUUUAUAAAUAAAAAUGCACUUGCUGUUAUGACAGGGGAGCCUAAAAAGCCUCGACAUUUUUGUGUUGAUACAAGACAGGGAGAUAAAUAUCUCCUUGAACCUUCAGGACUUUAUCCAAAAUACAUUAAAAAAAAGAACUAUGGUGUUUUACCAAAAUAUGUGAUACAGAGAAAUGAAGAAAUGAAGAGAGAGGAGGAAGAAUACCAGGCCAGUAUUUUGGAGCAACUGAAGAAGAAAGCCAUGAAAGCUCUAUCUGAAGAAGAAAGGACAAAUGUUCUGAAGGCACUGAAAAAGAACUGGGAGGAAAUAAAUCAUGCAUAUCAGGGUCUUCCAAUAGUAACAGACACCAUGUACAAGAGGAUGCAUAAAGAAGAGCUGGAAUUAAAGCUGAAACAACUGGAGCAUGACAUAGCAGCAAUUGAGAAGCACAAAACUGUCUACAUUGCAAAUGUGUAAGGACUGUUGUUCAGAUACUGCCUCUUUCCUCCUUUUUCUCUGUCCCCUCAUCUCCAAGAAGUGCCUCUCUAACUUCUCAGAAGAUGCUACUGUCAACUAUUUAGAAGGAAAUAUUCAACUAAGUAUGUAGCAACUUAGAAAAGUUGUUACAUAUAACUCUUAUCUGUACAAUUCCCCAAACAUUUUGAAAUAAAAUGCUUAACUAAACUUUGAGUAUGAAUAAUGAAUUUAAUUUAUUAUUCUUUGUAAUUUUUAUUAACUGAUGAGAUUUCUAUAAACAUCAUACAGAAAGCAUACAAAACACUGUUUCGUAUGUUUGGAGUACAUUUCCUUGCCUAGCCAAAACAAAGGGAAAUAAUUGGCUGCUGAAGACGGGUUGGUAAAUAUAACUUCAGGACGGAAUGGCUUCUGGACUAUAUAUUAAAGAGAUGUGCUUUACUUAAAAGCUUGAGUAAUUGUAUUUCUAAACAGCUUGGGUUCUGUAUAUUUUUGUGUACUUAUUUUUUGUUACCAAAACCAAUUUUUAAUGUGGAAACCUGUAAUAGUGCAGACUUCACACAAUACAGACACCACACGUGUUUUUACAAGUACAUAAUUCCGUAAUACUAUAAUAAAUCUACAGUUAAAUUAGGAAAAUGUGUUUGGCUGGAAUUAUGUGUGUACUGUUAGAAUGAAAGCAACAUACAAGCAUCUGAGUCAAGAUUUAGACAAAAAUUAUAUCAGCACACUGUCUCACAAUUGUUUGCAUAGAAGGAAGAAAUGGGGUUUUUUCCUGCUGCUUAUCCUUUGCUUCAUAGAAUCGUAGGUAUGGUUUAGAUUAGAAAAUAUCUUUUCCAGCCUUUCAGAACACAGCUUUUUCUGUAUGGUGUCAAUCACUACCACCAGCAGCUGUUGUGACAUCAUCAUAUCUGACACCAGCAAAGGAUAAAGUAAAAAAUUUGAAAUUAAGUAUGAAAACCCAAAUUUUCCCAUACAUUGAGUUCCUUUUCUAAAUUUGUCAGGGAAUGGCUUUGAAGACUUCACAGUGAUUCCAGGUUCUAUUUCUUGUGCGCGUUAUAUUUUUCUAUGACAUACACCAGGAACACGUGGGUGAGCAGGAAUGCAUAUUUUCUUAUUUGUAACUUAUUGUUAAGCAAUCAUGUUUAUUUUUGAAGGAUAUAAGCUGGAAGAAAGCUGCAGAUUUGUAAAAUGUGGAUUUAAUAUAUUUCUUACUCAAAAGAAUGACACACUGUAUAUUUUAACAAAACUACACUUAAUUGUUAGCACUUAAUAUUAUGUGAUAUUAUCUUUUAGUGAAGUACCUGAUGCCCCUCUUAAGCAAUUCCGUGUAAUCAGAAAAGGCUGUUUAUAUU